AUGGUCCAUGUUCCACGAGUCGAGAAGCCUGCUAGACAGGGAAGGCAAGACCCUGUCGAGGCAACCCCCUUUAUCCCGAACUUCUGUCAUUCUCCCACAAGUGAUCAAAAUGAAGAAAGCCCGUCGACCUGGCUCGCCAACUCCAGACUGGCGAUUGGCUUAUUGACCGAGAGCCGCAGCCCGCAGCGGGAAAUCUCGCGGAAUGCCAUGACCAACGUCCGCAAUGGCAAAGUGAUCCAGCAGACCGCCAGCAACGACGACCUUCGCGACAACAUUAUCUUGCAUUUCCGCCAUUCUUUCUCUUAUUCUUCGAGCUCCUCGUCCACUUUCAUCAAUUAUCCCGUCACAUUCCAAACACCCAUCAUCAUCAUCAUCAUCAUCGUCAUCAUCAUCAUCAUUACAUACCUGAAGACAAAGCAUGUCUGCAGGAGAAUACUACGACCCGGCCUGCCUACCAGUGGAUCGCUCCCCCCGCAUCUCUCCCUGGAACAGUCCUGGGGACCAAUGAAUGCCCUCCCGGCCCAUGGGCUGAGCAUAUCAUGA